CACUGCUGAGGCACAAAGGCUGGAUGCCAAACACAAGGAGUUGAGCACAGAGCAGGGCCAGCACCAGCUUCCACUUUAUCAUUCCCCCCUCAAAAGGACAGGGUGCAAAAACAUGUCAAUGUGCAUGUGUACCCAGAUUUCCAAUAAGCAGCCAUGAUUUUAAGCAUGGAGUUUCUCUGGGCUGUCAUUUGUCUCAAAGUGGUUUCCUCUGGUGCUCUGCCUGCUCUACAAAAGAAAAAUGGAGAAAGCUUCAUAAGCCAGAAAGAGGUAGAGCAGACUGUUUCAAAGCUGGAAACUCUGAAUGCAGCUUCAGCACACCUUGUAGACCAGCAUGACUUUGACCAUGAUGUACAACCAGCACUUGGCAACCCAGACCCAAGGAUGAGGACAUGUGCUGUGCCUUUCUCUGCUGCUGUGGACAUCAGCAGGAAGCCCUACAGUAAAAGACCUGUGCUACUGAAACCAGCAGCUGCAUCCAAGCGCAAUAAGCUUUCAGCAGACAUGUCUUUUGCUACAAGCAUGAAUAAUAAGGAGACCCAGAAAGAGUCCAAAGCACCUUCCAAUGGACACUUUAGCAAGCAGCACACCAGCAGGGUGUCCACCAUCAUCACCAGACAAUCAUCAAGGGGCAAUAGGUGCAGGAGAGGUGCCAAGACCAAACCAGUCAAUGGUACCAGGAAUCCCUUGUUGGAUGAGCUCUUCUGCUUCUUGCAUGCUUCUCUGAUUAGAACCUUGAAGUCAAAGCCAUGCAAGAGUCAAAGUGGAGAAGACUCAUCAGAGUGCAAGGUUGCCAAUGAGUUCAUGGUGUCCCAACCAUCAAUAAGACAAGGUCCCAAUAUUGAACAGCAACAGGACCAAUGUCAGAGGAAGAGGAGUAUGUCCAAAGCUGUCAGUCUUGUGUCCAUGUAUGGCAAGGAAAAGCUGAUCACCAGAGACAACCCUACAAAUAAGUGUUCCACCUUUGGAGUUGGACACAUAUUGGAAGACCCAGUUUCUGCUGAUAAAUUGUAUGAAUACCUGCUGUCAUCAGGCUCUAAUGGAAUAAGAGAAGACAACAUGUCUCCCAUCAUCCAGGAAGACUACCCUCAGAUGCAGCAAUACACAGAUGAUGAUUACCAACUGGAGGAAUUGCCUCCACCUCCUGCCUUUUCUGAUGCACAAAAUGUUCAGGAUACCAGAGAUGCUGAGUUGAAGAGGAUUUUGACUAAAGUGGACCAAAUGUUUGAGAAACUGUCCAAAAUAAGUUCAAGCACCACCUCCAGAACCACCAGCACAACCACUACCACUACCACUACCACUACCAAAACCACUGCCAAACCCACUACCAAAACCAGAAAGCCACAAACCACUGCUGAUCUCCAGCAAAGAAUAUUUACUCCUCCUCACCUUUUGUUUGUACCAGUGACAUCUGUUCCAUUCCAGGGCUACAAUGUUCACAUUGCUGAAACUGUCUAUGAGGACCACACCAGCAGAGAGGAAAUCUUGACCAUGCCCACAAAGACCAACAGACCAUCCCAUUUCCAACCAUUUGAAACCAGCUCCAUCACUACAUGGUCAAACCCUGAGACAACCACUUCUUUGCCUCCAUCCAAAGUUAAGACUAAAAAGAGAGUUACAGAAGGUGCAGAUAUUGUGAAAGUUUCAGAAACUGAUGCUGCUGCCAAUAAGAUGGGGAGGUCCAGGAGGAAGAAGAAGAAGGAGAAGAAGAAGGAGGAGCCAAAGAUGGGCUGUGUGGCCAUGGGGGCAGUGUGCCUCAUCCUGGCAGCCUUGGGCUACCUCUUUGUCAUAGAGCACUUUAGGAAGGGCAGAGGUGAGGUGGAGGAGGACAGAGAACCCAAGGAUGACUGCUUGGGCACUCAACUCUAUUGUGCCCUGGUGGCCAUCACUGGCCUGCUUGCCAUACCAAGACACUUGCCAAUGGUGGCACUGUCUUAUCCAAUUACACUGACCACUCUGGGUUUGAGUGUGAUUGGUCUGCCUGCCAACACUGUGGAUGUCUACAUGGCUGGUGGUGCCCCCUGGGAGAUGACCAGGACAUUUCUGGGCUUCUGCAUGACACCCCUUGGUUUGUGGACCAUGUUCACUGAGGCCAGGUUUGAGAUGUGCAAUGUUGAAAUGGCUUUAACUGUCUUCAUGUGCAACUGGGCCAACCUGAUGAUGUUCUGGAAGAAAAAGAUGUUCAUUCCCAUGGCUUGCUGCUUCAUGCAGAUCAUUGGCUAUGCCCAGGUGAGAAUGGAUGACAAAACAGGAGAACUUCACUACCUGCCUUCUGGCCUGACCCUCAUUGUGCUGGGGUUCACAACCUUUCUGUAUGCUAGGAACACCAAGCAACUCACCAGACCUGGUUCUGUGUGGCCACUGGUUGAUCAUGAAGGUGGUGCUGAAGAAUAUUAUUACUAUUAUUAGUUCCUGUGUUCUAAAGUUGAAAAUGAAAAUAAAUUCCACUAUGAUCAUUUGA